AUGUCGGCGCUCACGUAUAAGAAGAACGACGACAUUGAGUCGGGCAAUCUCGACAAGAUGACGGUAUUCCAGGACUGUAUCUCGGGGUUCAACACAUCGCCUAUCCAGUCCAAGAAGUGUCGAAUUCUGCUGGCGAAACUGAUUCAUUUGCUAUCAACAGGCGACUCGUUCCCUCCUGAAGAGGCCACCACCUUAUUUUUCAGUAUUACCAAGUUAUUCCAGCAUCGCGAUGUGGCUCUUCGUCAGAUGGUGUAUUUGGCUAUCAAGGAACUAUCGGCCACUGCCAAUGAUGUGAUCAUGGUCACCAGUUCCAUCAUGAAAGAUGUUCAGGCUGCUAAUGAUAUGAUUUAUAAACCCAAUGCUAUUCGUGCUUUGGUGCGAAUCAUCGAUGCUUCAAUUGUUCAGGGCAUUGAACGUCUUAUGAAGACAGCCAUUGUCGACCGUCAUGCAGCCAUUUCCAGUGCUGCUCUCAUCAGUUCAUAUCAUUUGCUGCCAAUUGCUAAAGAUAUUGUCAGAAGAUGGGCCAAUGAGACUCAGGAGGCUGUUAUUACUCAAAAGUCGUUCCCCAGCUCGGUCCAUGGCAGUAGUCUUGAUUCCAGCAGUGGUUCCAACUACAGCCCAGGCAUCUCGACCAUGACCCAAUACCAUGCUCUGGGUCUUCUGUAUCAUUUGCGAGCUCAUGAUAGAAUGGCUUUAAUGAAAAUGAUUCAACAAUUUUCUGGCACUGGAAGUGCUCUUCGUAACGCCAAUGCCAUUGUUAUGCUGAUUCGAUACAUUGCCAAGAUCAUAGACGAGGACCAAUCCAACACUCUCCGUCCUCAAUUGUAUGGCUAUUUAGAGGGCUGGCUACGUCACAAGUCGGAUAUUGUCAAUUUGGAGGCUGCCAAGACCAUUUUGGCACUUCCAAAUGUCAGUGAAGUCGAGGCCCAUGCUGCCAUUAGUGUACUUCAAGCAUUCCUUGGCUCGCCUCGUACCGUAUCACGAUUCGCGGCUAUCCGUAUUUUGAACAGAUUUGCCAUGAUCAAGCCUCAAUCGGUUGUUGCUUGUAAUAUCGAGAUCGAGUCGUUGAUUAACGACCCCAGCAGAUCAAUUGCGACUUAUGCUAUUACCACUUUACUCAAGACAGGUACUGAAGCCAGUGUUGACCGACUGAUGUCGCAGAUUUCCGGAUUCAUGAACGAUAUCAGUGACGAGUUUAAGGUUAUUGUAGUGGACGCUAUUCGCAGUUUGGCCCUGAAAUUCCCUGCCAAGCACGGCAGUAUGUUGACGUUUUUGGCUGGUACAUUACGAGACGAGGGUGGUAUUACGUUUAAAACGGCAGUUGUCGAGGCUCUUUUUGACAUGAUUAGAUUUAUUCCCGACAGCAGAGACACUGCAUUAGGCCACUUGUGUGAAUUCAUUGAAGAUUGUGAGUUCACCGAACUGACGGUGCGCAUUCUCCAUUUAUUAGGUGUCGAGGGACCCAAGACUGGCAACCCUACUAUCUAUGUUCGUUAUAUCUACAACCGAGUGGUGCUGGAAAACUCGUUGAUUCGAGCAGCUGCCAUUACUGCCCUUGCACAGUUUGCAUUGGUUGACAAUGCCCAAAUCAAAGACAGCAUCAAGGUCCUACUGACCCGAUCGCUGGAUGACCCAACUGACGAGGUCAGAGAUAGAGCUACUUUGAGUCUUCGUUUAUUAGGAUUGCAAGACCAGUCGGUUGCCAAAGAGUUUCUGCGUCCUACUGCCAAGUACUCGUUACCACAGCUGGAACAUGUGCUUGCCACUUAUGUUUCUGGUGGUAAAGAGCAGUUUGCUACUCCUCUGGAUAUUUCCAGUGUUCCUCGUCUGACUGAGGAACAAGUUAGAGCUCAAACUCUUAAGAACCUCAAGGCUCAAGAAGAAGAGCAAGUCAAGUCGAAAUCGUCUCGAGAAGGAGCUGCUGCCAACGCUGGCAGCAAUGCCAAGGGUGCUUCUGGUGCUAAUGGAGCGGGUAAGAAUGAAUCUGCUGAUUUACAGAAGUCUAUUGACAAUGCCAAGUACGCACAAGAAUUACAAGCUAUUCCCGAAUUCCAGUCGUACGGACCCAUUUUCAAGUCGUCGAGCAAGAUUCCUCUUACUGAAUCCGAGACCGAGUACGUUGUUACAGCAGUCAAGCAUAUGUUCAAAGAGCAUCUCGUCAUCCAAUACGACGUCACCAACACUUUCAACGAAUACGUUCUGGAAAACGUCAUUGCCGAGGUUCAAGGUGAACUCGAAGAAGAGUUUAUCAUUCCCAUCGACCGGUUGGUGCCCGACUCCACGGGAACCAUCUACGUUUCGUUUGCACGUGACAGCGCCGACCUGGUGACUGGUACCUGUUAUAACAACCUGAAAUUCGUUUCCAAGGAGAUUGAUCCCGAUACCAACGAGCCCCAAGACGGGGGUUUCGAUGACGACUACUCACUUGAGAAUCUCGAGAUCCUCGCUGGCGACUAUGUCACCCCCUCUUACAUUGGCAACUUCCAACACCAAUGGGACGAACUUGCAUCUUUCGAGUCCACUGGUGCCUAUCAACUGCCUGGCAGCAGCAGCAUUGCGGAUGCCACUGCCACGCUUGUGUCACACCUGAACAUGAUGGCCCUAGACGGUUCCGACUCGCCUACUUCCGAGUCUACUCACACCCUCAAGCUGUUCGGCAAGUGCAUCACUGGCGAAAAAGUCAUCGCCCUCAUUCAAAUGGUCUACCGCUCUGCCAAUGGCGUCACCCUAAAAAUCGCUGCCCGCUCCGAAAACGAAUCAAUCCCCGAACUGCUCACAGAUUCAAUUGGUGUUUUAUAA